ACUAAUCGAAGUUUUCUACAUGGCAUUUGUCUUCAAAAUUGGACCGUGGCUUAUGAGGAAUCGAGAGCCGUUUAACUUGACGACGGUGCUGGCAUAUUACAAUAUAAUACAGAUAGUUUUCAAUUCCUUUAUGGCUAUUUUAGCUAUAUACUUGUAUAUUUACAAAUAUGUUGUACCCUUUAGUUGUAUGACAGUGCUGCCUUGGGAACAUCCACUCAAGUGGAUGGAGCUUAUAACCGGCUACUGUUAUUUCACCAAUAAGUAUCUCGAUCUCUUCGAUACAAUAUGCUUUGUGCUACGAAAAAGUUACAAACAAGUGACUUUCCUCCAUGUUUACCAUCAUGUAAUGAUGACCGGGACAGGAAUCGUGUAUAUGAGGAAUAUUGGUGCAGGUGGACAUGUCGUCGUAACAGGCAUCAUGAACUCUAUUGUGCAUGUGAUAAUGUAUGGCUAUUAUUUUGUGAGUGCCACCAGGCCGCAUUUGAAAAAUUCACUAUGGUGGAAAAGGUAUAUUACACAAAUCCAAUUGGUGCAAUUCAUUUUGGCAUUCAUACAUAAUAUGUGGCCACUGGCAAUUGCUCCUGAGUGCAGUGUUCCGAAAAUCUUUUGUGUCUUCUCUGUGAUACAAGCCAUAAUAAUGAUAUACCUAUUUGGUAAAUUCUAUAAGAAAGCCUACUUGGAUGUGAGAAAAAAAGUUGAAACGAGCAAUAAGGUGAAGUGAACCGUCGUGGUACCUGGGAGUCGACUACAAAAAAUUACUUUUAUUAACUCUUUGGUUAGCAUGCCUCUGCUCUACAGAUGUAUGUAAGUAAUUGUUUUUGUAUAAGCAAGUGAAAAUGGUAAUCUAAUAUAGGAGAUUCUACAAUGUAGACAAUAUAAAUAUACAGUACAAAUGCACAAAAGAGUGUAAAAAUCUAUAUCUGGAAAUACAAUCUAUAUGUACAUAUACUA